GACGGUCCCCGCAGCUGGAGGGAGGAGUCACUAGGUCGCUACUGUUGACUUCCUGGAUACUGAACGCGUUUGGGGAGUUUUGUGAUGAAACGAGUGUUAGGAAACUGGGCAGGAUCGGUGCAUAUCGCUCUUACACUCGUGGCAUUGCCGUUCACCGUUCGUGCAAGUGGAUUCUGUAAAUCCAUCAACACCAGAGCGUCAAGUGUCUGUACAUUAAGUUCUGUCUCCAUGUCGUCUGCAACACAUAUCAAGGCCCGUUGCACAGUUUACCCUGGCUCAGACAAACAGCGCUUCCCUGUUCCAGAUGAUAAAGUCAGCUGGGCAACUGUCUGGCCCGAGUACAGUCCUGUGAACUACACCGCAUUGUCUGUGCUGAACAACCCAGCGUGGGCUGAUCCAGACAUCGGAUCUUUUUCUCCACGGUUUAACGCGCUUGACGGGUCUGUGGAUAGGCAGAGUCAUGAAGGAGAUUACAUCAUACAGGAUGGUCGUCCACUUAAUCCAAGGGGAAGAACUGGCGUGAAUGGACGUGGCCUACUUGGUAGGUGGGGUCCUAACCAUGCUGCGGAUCCCAUAGUUACCAGGUGGAAGCGGGACUCUGCAGGCCAGCGUGUUUCUCAUGCUGUCUCGAAACAGCCCAUGUUGGAGUUUGUGUCCAUUAAGAGGAAAGACUGUGGAGAAUGGGCCAUCCCAGGGGGUAUGGUCGACCCAGGAGAGUUGGUGUCUCUGAGUCUACAGCGAGAAUUCUCAGAGGAAGCUUUGAACGCUCUCGAGGCUUCUCCACAAGAGCGCAAAAAGAUCCAUGAGCGGAUCUCACAGCUGUUCAGUUCACCUGGUUUUCAGGUGUAUAAAGGUUAUGUAGAUGACCCAAGAAACACAGACAAUUCCUGGAUGGAAACAGUUGCUGUCAACUUUCAUGAUGAAACAGGUGACAGUAUAAGCGAGCUGCCUCUGCAAGCAGGCGACGAUGCCGCACAGGUGAGCUGGUGCGACGUCGAUUCAUCUCAGCCCCUGUUCGCCAGUCAUUCAGAUUUCCUCCAGGCAGUAGCAGAGGAAAGACACGCACACUGGUAACUGAAGGGAGAUGACGUGUGCCUUUGAAGAUACGAUCAAAAAAUAUAUGUAUGAACACAAUAAUGAUUGUAGAUUCUGUUUUACUAAAAUGUAAAAAAAACGUUCAGGCAUUUCUGAAUGGUUUCAAACAUGUCCUGAUGGACACACACAGUCAGUAAUGGUGCUAGCUGAAGGCUGACGUCAGUGCAAUGACUCCAACAACGGUUUCUGUAUGAGUUCAUGUUAUUUAUACUCACUGUGGAAAAACAAAUCCAAAGCACACCCCUGUAACCACUUGCAUGUAUGUGGAAGGCUGGGUCAUCUACUAUUUAUUAUAUAUAGUAUGCAUGCACUUUAAUUAAAGGCUUAAGGUAAAUUCUUUAAGACCUAUAAGGCUGAAGAUAAUGAGGCUGUUUUUCCUUAACUACAAAUAAUCACUCACCAUUGUCAUUGUUAUAAUAAAUACAUCUCGAAGUCUA